AUGACAGAUCAACCGCAGAGUCUCAAAGAGCUCUUGCAAGCAGCAAAGGCACAGAAACAAUCAAUAGAGCACAGCGCGGAGCCCAACAGCGAUGCGUACCGUCAGGAAGUGUCCGAGACUAUCAACAAGCUACAAGAAUGUCAGAGAUUGAUCAGUCAGCUGUCGCUUUUCAGUUCAAACGAAGGUUUAGAGGACGUGUCAACCUCCAACUUACAGUUCUUAACAGUCGAUUACCUCCUAGCUGAAGUCGUUCAGCGUACCUCGUCGACCGAUCGAGAAUCCGUAUUGCGCCGCGCCCUAGGAGACUACGAAAAGUUCCUGACGCGGCUUGACGAUUAUAGACUGUUAUCAGACCGCGAUAAAAAACUCUUCGAACAAUACACGGAAAACCCUGCGCGGUUUUCGAUCGCUUCCAAGAACGAUGCCGCCAACAGACGUGAAGUAAAAGUCGCACGCUUCCGGGAAGAAAAGGAGCUUAAACAAAAAUUAGAAUAUUUCACGCAGAAUGAAAGUCGACUCCAAAGCGAUGACGAAGCGACAAGGAAACUAUAUUUGGCGGAAAUAAAUCUUUACACACACCAGACUUUUCAAUCUCUCGAUAUGAUUGCGCAAGAAUUGGAAAUGUUAUCUCAGAUGCGAAACGCGCCUCCCGUCUCAACUCUACAGAAUGAUCCAAGAAGCAGAGAGACGGACAAAAACAGCUAUUCCGAAAGACUAGAUGGUCCUCUCAGCCAACUCUUCAAGGGCGGCCGCUCGGGUCCACUGCUCAGCAAAUCCGGAAAACCUUUACAACCAUUCACACUCACAAAUAAGCGUACCGAGCUGCAACAAGGCGUUUUUAGAUCAGGACAUAAUCUGCCUACCAUGAGCAUUGAUGAGUAUUUGGAAGAGGAACGUAGGCGUGGCGGUAUUUUGGAAGGAGGAACAAGCAAUGAAAUGCCGGAACCUGAUGAGGAUGAUUUGGAUAAAGCCGAUGAAGAGACUAUGAAAGCACGUGCUUGGGAUGAGUUCAAGGAAGAUAAUCCCAGGGGUUCGGGGAAUACCUUGAAUAGGGGCUGA